CUUCGACCUGCGGCAUUUCUAGGAGGAAAAGAUAUACGAACACACCCACCGGCCCUGUAACAGUAGUCUGAUACUUAGAGUAUUGGCUACGGGGCUAGCGGCCUCUGGGAAUCCAAUGUUUGGGUCAGUGGGACACGUUAUGUAAUAGAAGCGAACAGUGAUAACAAGUACAGUAUACCACAUCUCACGAUGGUCCGACUCAUGAGUGGGCUAACAUGAGCAUGUCCUACCAAACAGAUUUCAUUAAUGCCACAAAUAAUACCGUUUCAGGAUUCUUAGUCCUCAGUGGGCACCAUGACCUCAGCCCUGGCCCUGGCUGCCAGUUGAAUGGUUGGAUUGGCCAAUUCUCCGUCCAAGUUCGUUUCACCAGCGUCCUCGAUAAUAGGCCUCCCUUCUCAUCAUGUAUUGCGCAGGCGAUUGAUUUUUCGAUUCUGGCCAUAGCCAUGGUCGCAUUGUGGAUUGUGCAACGGCCAACCAUAGUAUCAACUUUAAGCUGGAGGGCCAAGGUGAUAUUGUGCAUCUCAAUCUGGAUUACCCCCCUAAUAACCAGUACUACGGCAGUGGGCCUGGGGAUUGUUGGACCCGUGAGCGGCAACUGGUGUUGGAUCGAGUCACAAUAUCUGGGCUUACGGUACGCCCUUGGUCAUGCCUGGCGAAUCGCGAUUGUUUUCAUUACAGCCAUAACGUAUAUUGUGGUCUUCGUUGUGGUGAAGCGCCGCUACGAGCAUCUGAGCCUAUUCCCGAACGGUGAUACAACAUCUGGCCGCGAUAAAUCCAGGUCCACAGAAGGGGAUCCCGUCGAUCUGUCGUCCAUAAGGUUGGAUACGACAAUCACUGUCCAGAGUAUCGACGUGUUCAAUAAUCCAGCCAGCACCGGUGGGGUAAGCGAGUCUCCGUCACAGGAUCAGCUCUCCUCGCAGGCCCCUUUCUCCGCAGGUCACCCGAGUAAAUACGACACGACUGCCAAUGAGCGCCGCCUGAGGUAUGCUGACACCCCAGGAAGGGGAGGGGAUUCUACGGAACAGCGAGAUAAGAAAAUCCGAUAUGCCGAAGUUCGCCGUGUUAUGUUGCUGAAUGGCUACCCGGCCUUUUAUGUACUGCUGUGGAUCCCCGGGUUGCUCAAUCGGUUGCUCGAGUCCCUUGGUCAUAAGGUGAGGUGGCUGCAGAUCCUGCAGGCAUCUACGCAAUUCAUCGGCCUUGCCAAUGCUUUCACUUAUUCAUACAAUGAAGGUUUUCGUCGGCAAAUCCGCUCGUUGAUCACAAGACGGAGACGAUCGUACCAUGAGCAGCUGUAAUGCCA